CCGCAAAAUCAUUCGGCCCAUUUCUAAAUUAUAUGACCCAUUGUAAUCCGGACCAUUUACAACAACAGAAAACUGGUUCACCGCCUGUGGGAGAGAAGAGAUAGGGAGAGGACCGAAAAUGGCGUCGGCGAUGAUGAGAUCCACCUUACGAUCCGCCCUCCGCGGUGGUUCUGGACGUGGAGUUCCGUCUUCCAAGCGGAGUUUCGCCUCAUCUGCCCAUCACGACGAGGCUAAGGAGGCAUCCAAAUGGGAGAAAAUUACUUAUGCAGGAAUAGCUGCGUGCACUGUCCUCGCUGUUGCUAUUCUUUCCAAGGGUCACCCCCACUACGAAGAGCCUCCGGCAUACCCAUAUUUGCACAUCCGCAACAAGGAGUUUCCAUGGGGUCCAGACGGCCUUUUUGAGACUAAGCACCAUUGAUGAUGCGCCAAUCUUCUGCAACAAAUGAAUGGUUGGUCAGGUGGCUUCACAUGUCCGUUUCAUUUGCACCCAAAACAAGAUGUUGUUUUGUAUUGUGAAUUGUUUUGUAUCGAAUCUACUGCCAUACUCUCAUUUUAUUGAAAAUAAAUAUAUAUGGAACGACACUUAACUAGCUUGAAUUCGUUGGUGUUCGUAAUUAUUAUUACUCAUAUUAUACUACAGACAUGCAAUAUGUUUCAUAAAUUGCGACGACACAAUGCCUCUUUUUGGAUUGGCUCCCACUAAAUUGCCAAUGUUUGG